AUGCACUUCUCUUCAACAGCUGCUUUCUUCGUACUCUCUUCUCUGGGUGCAUCCUACGUGCUGCCUUUCAACCAUCCACAGCAGGCCAACGACAAUUUAAUGCGACGAGAGCUGCCAUAUGCUGUGGUCAACGUCGACGGUGAUGACCAGACCACUAGCAGCUCCAGAUCAAGCAGCAGGAGCAACAAUACGUCUCCAGCCAUUCAAACAGUUGUUGAAACUGUGACUGCGUCCAGUCCUCCAUCCCCACCAGUGACUGUCACGGUGACCACAAUUGCCUCCCCUACUCCUAUCGUUUCGUCAUUUCCGUGCAGCGGUAGCAGUACCCCCAUUUCCAGCUUGGGAUUGCCUCCAUUGAGCAGAGCUGGGACUUUGAUUACCGUGCCUAGCCCUAGUGGCACGGCUUCGUCGGGCCAAACGAGCAGCGGCAGCUUGAGAAACACUGUUCGUGCAACACCAACCACAUAUAAUCCUUGA